GAAUCUUUACGUGUUUAAUUUAGAGUUUUGUGGUUAACUCCAUGUUCAUUUCACGUGUUUUCAACAAAAAUAUACAACAUUUAGUGUUAACAGCGAGGAUGACGUCCGCCAUGAUGCAAAAUCCACCGCAAGAUUUGAAACCACCACCUAGAGUGCAAAAUAUGCAAAAAUUAAACAAAUCUCUUUUCCAAAAGCAUAUACAAGUGCCAUAUCUCACAGUCACACCUAGUAACGUAUCAAGAAUCAUAAAACCCAUCAAAAAGUAUUUAUUAAAACUCGAACGCUUCAGACCAGUCCGAGAAGAGAACAAUUCAACUAUCAUUAUUUUAAACCCUUUAAAAAUUAAUACCUAUCAAGAUAUCGAAGAAAUAGACAGAAAGACACUUGAAACAAGUGGUGUGAGUCCCAAUGACUUCAGUAAAAAAGAAAUAGAACUCUCCUUUGAUAAUUACUCUGUUGAGGACAUUUUUAGAUCAGUUCUACCAACAGAUAAAGAAGGUAUGGCUAGUUUUACAAAAAUUGGUCACAUAGUACAUGUAAAUCUCAGAGAUCACCUUCUACCAUUUAAAGAAUUAAUUGGAGAAGUAUUAUUAGAUAAAGUAGCUGCCUCCAGGACUGUUGUCAAUAAAAUAAACAUCAUAGACAACACGUAUCGCAAUUUCAAGAUGGAAGUAUUGGCAGGUGAAGAGGAUUACAUGGUCACACUGAAAGAAAACCGAUGUGUGUUUGAGUUUGAUUUCGCUACGGUUUACUGGAACUCGCGUUUAUGUACCGAACACGAGCGUAUUGUGAAUAUUGUUAAAAAAGAUCAAGUUUUAUUUGAUGUCUUUGCUGGUGUGGGGCCAUUUUCUAUUCCUGUAAGUAAAAAUGGCGGACAAGUCUGGGCAAAUGAUUUAAACCCAGAAUCGUUUAAAUGGUUGCAACAUAAUGCGAAAAAGAAUAAAAUCGGUGAUAAUUUAAAAAUGUUCAAUAAAGACGGGAAGGAUUUUAUUCUAGAAGAUGUAAAACGUGAGCUAUUGAAUGUUUUGAAAGAAGGGAAGAUUGUUUAUGUUACAAUGAAUCUACCGGCGUUGGCUAGUGAAUUUUUAAAGUAUUUCCAAGGACUUUAUGAUGAAAAUGAAUUGAAUGAAGUGCAGAACUUUAAUGCACCGUUUAUUUACUUGUAUUGUUUUGCUAAAGGUGAGGAAACUGAAGAAAUCACACGGAAAUUGAUUGAUGAUUGCAUGAAUCGCGACAUGAGUAAAUUUAUUAAGGAAUUGUUUCGGGUGAGGACUGUAAGUAACUUCAAAGAGAUGAUGAGAGUCAAGAUUGAACUAGGAAAAGAGAUUUUACUUGGGAAAUAUGAAGAAACAUCAGCAAAACGCAAAGGUUUACAAGAAGAGGAAGAUUUAACAAAUAAAAAGUUUUGUAAAAAUGGGAAAGAAGAAGAACAAUGUGUUUAAGGUCGCUGGUGCAAAAAGCUUCAAAUCGAAGCAGAAGGCUAAAGCUGUCAAUACAAAACUUAAAGAUAUUAAGAUAAAAGUAAAAGACCAAAUCGAUAAAAUAGACAAAGAUUUGCUCAACAUGCAGGACACAAUCCAUCAGAAUUCGCCCUCUAAACAACCUUCAAAGCCAGUGAAACAAACAAAAAAAGUAAAUAAAGCAGAGGAAACCAAACAGUUCGAGAAGAUGGAAACAGACAAGCAAACAAUGCUUCAAAAUAUGGAUAAAUUUACAUUAGCUAAGUAAAAUGCAAACAAAAACCAACUAUACUUAAAUAAUUAAGUAACUGUAACUAAAUUAUGUAAAAAUAUGAUGACUGUAUACAAAA